GCAAUCGACCCAGCCCUUCAAGGAUUCUCGUCAACCUCAAACGCAGAAAGCUCUAGAGCGGUUGAACAAAGGCCUCUUGCUGACAACAACCAACAUCUUAGAGGUGGCGCCCCCUACUAUUGAUUUCACCCUUGUUCGUCGUUUGCUGCGCUGCUGUUGAGAACAUCUGCUUACGCGCGUUUCUGACAGCCAACAAAAUGAAGAUUGAUGAAAUUAUCGAUCUCCUGGGCACAGUUCCUACGUCCCAGAACAUUGCCCACACUGAGGGGACUCACAAUGAAAUCACCAAGGUGUAUCAUGAAAUGUACGCACCUGGGCUUGCCUCUUUCUUUGAAUCCGGGUGGUACCACUUUACAGAAAAUGGAUCACCUUCGUUUCCUAGAAGCCAGCGUCUCGUCGAAUUAAUGGCAUCUUUUCUCAAGGCUUUGGAGGCUGUAAAGGUCAACGAUCAAACCCAGAUGGCUUACUCUGGUAUUCUUGAGACGCGCCUUGUGUGGGAGCUUGCGCGAGCAGCAUACGACCCUCCCACUGCAGCUUCUGCUAUCAGUACCACAACACUGCCGCACGAUGGUGAUGCGAAAGAGACCCAAAACCGUGUUCGAGUUGUUGAGGCACUUUUGUGUGGAGACUAUCUAUCAGUCAACCCACUCUGCCCACCAAUGCAAGACCCUGACAGUUACCGAACUCGACAAUUUGAUUUCUGGUACAGCCUGGCUGAGUUCGUGCGUACGCGAGAGGAUCCCAAUGGUCCAUCUGCCGCCAAGUCUAGGGAGGAAAUGCUUUCGAGAAUGCGCUAUCUACUUGAUGGUCGUGAGAACCGUGAUGUUCUCUACUCGAUUGCAGUUGUUCGAGAACUUGCUCCCCACUUCGAUUCUCCUUACGGCAACGCUGCUCCUCAACAUGCCGACGAGAGUGAUCCCAAGAACAGACUCUCAGUUGCAUCCAAGUUCAUUUACGAUGAGUCUCAGGUCACAGGUGGAACAACCAACGUCGUGCGACGUCUAUGCGACAUUGCAUACAGAGCCUUCGUCAAUCCAGGUGUUAAUAUUGCUCGGAGACCUUGAUCUGAUUUUGUUGGUGUUUUCGGGGUUGGUUCCAAAAUCCAUCUUUCACAAUUCGGCCAUAGCCAUAAUUUCCUUUGUCAGUAACACAG